GACAGCUAUUGAUGCACAAUCAAAAAAACUAACCUAAGACUGCCAAAAUAUUUGUUAUAAAAGUUAUAAAUCCACUCAAAAAUUUGCAAAAUUAAAACAAAUAUAGAGUACUUAUUUUUGUAAAAAAACAAAAGUGCAAUUGUAAAGUCCAAACAGGAUGGCAGUACCAGCAUAGAUAAGAAAUAAACUUUAUUAGGAAUAUGGUUUGACUAGCUCAAUAAUAUAUACCUACAAAUUGUUGUAGAUACCUUGAAAAUUAAUAAUAUGUGGGUUUUUGGGUAUGGUUCCUUAAUUUGGAAAGCGGACUUCAAGUAUGAGACUAAGCUAGUAGGCUAUAUUUUAGGCUAUAAAAGAAGAUUUUAUCAACAUAGUGUCGAUCACAGAGGUGUCCCCGAAAAACCUGGUAGAGUAGUUACUUUAAUACCCAGCAAGUUUCCUAAUAGCACUGUGUGGGGUGUAGCAUACAGGAUUAGAGCAGAAGAUAUAGAUGAAGUAACCAAACAUUUAGAUUUUAGAGAAAAGAAUGGUUAUUCUAAGAAAACUGUCACAUUCCAUCCAAAUAAUAGCGAAUAUUUACCAUUUCCAUUGACUUUGUAUGUUGCAGUAGAGGAGAACGAAUCUUAUGCUGGGCCAGCAGCAAUAGAAGACAUAGCACAACAAGUUGUUACAUCUUUCGGUCCUAGUGGUUCAAACAAAGAAUAUGUGUACAACUUGGCUGAAGCAAUGAGACAGUUGGCACCAAAUGCAGAAGAUGAACACUUAUUUGCUUUGGAAAAGGCGGUGAAAGAGAUAGAUCCAGAUUUAAAGAACCUAAAAAAAUAGAUUUUAUUUAAAUUAAUUCCCUUCCUAAAUAAAAACACAUUUAUUUAUAAUUAUAUUAUAACAAAAUGGGCAUGAACACUGGAUAUAUUGCUAUGUAGAUAUUAUAUAUGUAUUCUAGAUUUUAUAUAUUUAUAUUUCAACAUGUUUCUUUCUAAAUAAUAUAAUCGAAUCAUCAUCUGAAAAA